AUGCUCAAGAUCAGUUGGUUGACAAUAUUCUCCCUGACAUUUUACCAGCUCAAAGAAAUUCUUGAGUGUUCCCACCUACUCACAGUUAUUAAGAUGGAAGAGGCUGGAGAUGAAAUUGUGAGCAAUGCCAUUUCCUAUGCGCUGUACAAAGCCUUCAGCACUAACGAACAAGACAAGGACAAUUGGAAUGGGCAACUGAAGCUUCUGCUGGAGUGGAACCAGUUGGACCUUGCCAGUGAUGAGAUCUUCACCAACGACCGCCGAUGGGAGUCUGCUGACCUCCAGGAGGUCAUGUUCACGGCCCUCAUAAAGGACAGGCCCAAGUUUGUCCGCCUCUUUCUGGAGAAUGGCCUGAACCUGCAGAAGUUUCUCACCAACGACGUCCUCACGGAGCUGUUCUCUACACACUUCAGCACCCUGGUGUACCGGAACCUACAGAUCGCCAAGAACUCCUACAACGACGCACUCCUCACCUUUGUCUGGAAGCUUGUGGCAAACUUCCGUAGAAGCUUCUGGAAGGAAGACAGAAGCAGCAGGGAGGACUUGGAUGUGGAACUUCAUGAUGCAUCUCUCACCACCCGGCACCCCCUGCAAGCUCUCUUCAUCUGGGCCAUCCUUCAGAACAAGAAGGAACUCUCCAAGGUCAUUUGGGAGCAGACCAAAGGUUGUACUCUGGCAGCCUUGGGGGCCAGCAAGCUUCUGAAGACUCUGGCUAAAGUCAAGAAUGACAUCAACGCUGCUGGGGAAUCAGAGGAACUGGCCAAUGAGUAUGAGACCAGAGCGGUGGAGCUGUUCACUGAGUGUUACAGCAACGAUGAAGACUUGGCAGAGCAGCUGCUGGUCUACUCCUGUGAAGCCUGGGGCGGGAGCAACUGCCUGGAGCUGGGGGUGGAGGCUACAGACCAGCAUUUCAUUGCUCAGCCCGGGGUCCAGAACUUUCUUUCUAAGCAAUGGUAUGGAGAGAUUUCCCGAGACACGAAGAACUGGAAAAUCAUCCUGUGUCUGUUUGUCAUCCCCCUGGUGGGCUGUGGCCUCGUGUCAUUUAGGAAGAAGCCCAUUGACAAGCACAAGAAGCUGCUCUGGUACUAUGUGGCCUUCUUCACCUCGCCCUUCGUGGUCUUCUCCUGGAACGUGGUCUUCUACAUUGCCUUCCUCCUGCUGUUUGCCUACGUGCUGCUCAUGGACUUCCACUCGGUGCCUCAUACUCCCGAGCUGAUCCUCUAUGCCCUGGUCUUCGUCCUCUUCUGUGAUGAAGUGAGGCAGAACGUUCUUAUCACCAGUGCACCGGCAUCUACUCAAGCUCUCCCUGUGUACUCUGCAUCUUUCAGUUGUGGGCUGCAGCCGAGGCAGUCCUUUGGUACCACAUAUGAUUUUUCCCACUGCACCUUCUCGGGAAACGAGUCGAAGCCCCUGUGCGUGGAGAUGGAUGAGAACCACCUGCCCCGCUUCCCCGAGUGGAUAACCAUCCCCCUGGUGUGCAUAUACAUGCUCUCCACCAACAUCCUGCUGGUCAACCUGCUGGUCGCCAUGUUUGGCUACACGGUGGGCACCGUACAGGAGAACAAUGAUCAGGUCUGGAAGUUCCAGCGGUACUUCCUGGUGCAGGAGUACUGCAACCGCCUCAACAUUCCCUUCCCCUUCGUCGUCUUCGCAUACUUUUACAUGGUGGUGAAGAAAUGUUUCAAAUGCUGCUGUAAAGAGAAGAACAUGGAGUCGUCUGCCUGCUGUUUCAGAAAUGAGGACAAUGAGACUUUGGCAUGGGAGGGAGUCAUGAAGGAGAAUUACCUUGUCAAGAUCAACACGAAAGCCAAUGACAGCUCAGAGGAGAUGAGGCAUCGGUUUAGACAACUGGAUACAAAGCUUAACGAUCUCAAAGUUCUUCUGAAAGAGAUCGCUAAUAAAAUCAAAUAAGGUGGGUGAACGCUCAUGGAAAGAAAUCAACUUACAAGGUAAAAUCAGCCAUCUGCAUUGGGAGGCUCAUGGGACACUGAUGGACGGUACUGCCAUUGACCUCUGAAGGAGACUUUUCCAGGUUCCCAAGCACGUAGCUGAUGAUCACCCUCAAGGGCAGACGUCAGGGAGCAAAGUGUGCGGAGGACUUUGCACAUGAAGAGAACUAUGAGGGAUCACGUGUUCCUCUGUGAGGGUGCCUGCACUUUCUGAAUCUCAGAGCCUUGUCCUGAUGUCUAGUGUUUGUGACCUUCUUUGUCCCUUGAACUUUCCCACCUUUCCCAUGUAUCUCCCAUGACAUGAUCCCGGCCCUGAGUUUAUACCUAACUGUUGUUAUUUCCCACUUUCUUCUUUUCUGCGCUGUAUGAUGAAUUCAUUGACAUAUUGUUAAAAAGUCCUACUCCUGCCCCCAAUCAGGCCAGAUUCUAAAAUACCCUAUGGCAACUUCUCCUUUCUCACAGUCAAAGGAGGGUCACCGAGGCAGUGGCUUUCUCUCGGGUUCACCAUGACUCCUGCUGAAGGGGUCACCCGCUGUUACCAGUGUGACAAGUUACCCAGAAGAAGCCCUUGAGAGGCGUUCUUGCUCCUUUUGUUUCACUGGCUGUUCCCCUCCCCUACUCUCUAUUUCCCCAUUGAAAAUAGCAAAUGGAUAUUACAGGGAAGUGGAAGGCAUAAACGUAUGGAAACAAUCUCCCACUCCCUCGAGUAACAUGCUUUUCUGUGUUUGCUCAAGUCUGGCUUUUUCCAUGCAUGGUACACUCCACUUUUAAAAAAAUCUUACAAAAUGUCAUCAUCGGCAUAUACAGUUUUGUAUAGGGCUUUUCAUCAACUAUUUCAUCAAAGAUGUUGUCUUCACAGUCUUCACAAGCAUUAUCAGUAAUUCAUUAAUAUUCAAACCUCUAGCAAUUUCCAUAAUGUAGGUCAUUGGUAGCUGACCCCACCUGGCCAUCAAAAUGGACAUCUCUGAGUCUUCUUUCUGCAUUAAGAACAUCAAGAAAUCUCCU